UUAUACUCGAAUGGAAUGGAGAUGGCAGCACUAGUUGCUAAAUAAUAUUAAAUAAUAUGGCAAGAAUUGUUUUGGUUCGACGUUGAGUAUUGUAUAUUGAAUACGGUAAUGUUUGUUAACAUAUUCGGAUUCAUUCUUUUUUCGGAAGGUAUAGUGGUACUGUAAAAAUUAUAAGCAAACAAAUUCAUUCUCAGGCCGUACAUUAAUGCAAAUCGCGUAAAAUUUGUUAACUGUAAUGGUUAUUUAACUCUUGCUGGUAUGAUUAAUCCCAUGAAACUCUUAAUUGAAGGAGAUUACUGAUAUAUAUGUACAUAUGAAUACAUAUAUGGGUAAUAGACCGACUAUUAACAAAUAAAGAAAACUUUUGGUGCACAUACUAUUUGACAAUAUCGGUGGAAUUUCACAAUCGCAUUAAUAAUUCUUUAAAAGAUUGUAACAUAAAUUAAUCUUAUUAGAAGCAGUUAUAUAUGAGUUGUUGGCGUAGCAACGCACGCCGGGUACAGCUGGUUAUAUAUAAAAAUGGAUGUUUGUAUGUCCUCGGUGAACUCAUAAACUACUGGACCGAUUAUUAUAAAAAUUGGUAUAUACCUAUACGUAUUUUUCCACGGAGAAGGUUUGUAGAAUACGCUCAUUACUGCUCGCGACGCUCUCCGAUUGUGCUGCUCAAGAAAAAGGAUGGAAGCACCCGAUUUUAUGUAAAUUAUAGAAAGCUGAAGGAAGUCGCGAAAAAGAGCAGCUACCCAUUACCACGAAUAGAUGACACUCUCGAUACUUUAUCCGGCGCAAACUGGUUUUCCAUGCCUGAUUUAAAAAGUGGUUUCCGGCAGGUGAAAAACGAGGAUUGUGGUCGUGAGAAAACAACAUCCGGCCGCGAGAGAAAAGUUCGUUGUCGAUCCAGUUGCUAGCUCAUACGGAAUAGGUGGAGGGCUGUCACAGAUCAUCAGUGGGCAAGAAAAAGGUCGAGCAUCGCAAAGGGGAAAAACAUGGAAAUGCUGAUGCACUAUCUCAGCGACCUUGUGCUAUAGAGUGUAAGCACUAUUCCAAAGUCGAGAGAUCUGAAGGGAUAGUUGAUAUCAGACUAAUGCAGUUGCAACCCGAUGAUGAGUGGGAACCCAGCGCAAUCAGAAGAAGUCAAUUGAAUGAUGCUGACCUGGGUAAGAUCAUGAAAGCAAAAGAGGCUAUAGAGCGACCAUCAAAACAUGAAAUGGCGAAAGAAAGUCCUGUGCCUGAAGCGUAUUGGGUACAGUAGACUCUCCUUCUUCUUAUUUGGCGCGAUAAGCGCUUACGCUAUAUUUUGCCGAUUUUAAUAAAGCGCGACAGUCGUUUCUUUCUCGUU